UGCUUUUGUUGAAAAGUCGGAGAAAUUUUCAGCCGUGCUUGCGAAAAUCGCGAAAAAGUGUGCGAAUUUCAAGCAAUUUCCACCGCUAAAUAGCAUGUAGUAACGUUUCCUAUAGUGUACAAAAUGGCCCACCGUUCGCGAGAAGAUAGUUUUUCGUCGUCCUGCCAGCAGAGGAAACUCCGCUUCCGUGGUGAUCUGGCACUGCAGUACGGCUUCGCUGGGAUGGAAGGGUCUGCUCCGAACAGCGUCGCUUCCGGUGCCAAUCGUGUAGAAGACAUAGUCUUCCCGGAUGAAGUGGAUUCCCGUAGGAGCAGUUUCCGAAAUGGUGAGAUAAGUGGCCCGGCUGGCGAUGGGAAAGAGAGUUCGAAACACAACAGCCUUUACGAUUUUAUCCGGAUCGAGCUGACACGUGGAUACGUGUUGGAACACGAUGAGGAGCGCUACUCGGCACGACGGGAGAAGAUCUACUCCUUUAUGAAGAUUCCUCGGGAGCUGGAAAGUUUUAUGGCAUAUGGAGUGCUGCAAUGCGCCGAUUCGUUUCUGUACAUGUAUACGUUUCUUCCGUUAAGAUUUAUUCUUGCCCUGUGGGCUUUGGUGACGAGGCCAGUAGCCAAGUGUUUGGGUUUUAGACGGCCAGGCCAACGGUUGUUGGCUCCAGCGGAGAUCUGUGACCUACUGAAAGGUUUGAUUUGGAUCAUUUGUAGCUGGGCUAUGUUCUACGUGGAUACGAAUAUGCUUUAUCACUUGAUCAAGAGUCAGUCGAUCAUCAAGUUGUACAUUUUCUACAACAUGUUGGAGGUAGGAGAUCGGUUGCUGUCGGCGUUCGGACAGGAUACGAUGGAUGCUUUGUUUUGGACGGCUACUGAGCCUAAGGACAGCAAGAAGCAGCACCUGGGAACGAUUCCGCACUUUUUGUUUGCUCUUAUCUAUGUAACAAUCCACAGUGCCUUGGUGAUGUUCCAGGCCACGUCGCUGAAUGUGGCAAUCAAUUCAAACAACAAGGGACUGUUGACAAUUAUGAUGUCGAAUAACUUCGUGGAGCUGAAGGGGAGCGUUUUCAAGAAAUUUGACAAAAAUAAUCUCUUUCAGCUGAGUUGUAGUGAUGUUCGAGAGCGGUUUCAUUUGACGAUUCUGAUGUUGAUUGUAUUGAUUCAAACGAUGAAGGAGUUCAGCUGGAAGUCGGAGCAAUUCUUUGUGAUGAUUCCGGACUGUAUGUACGUCAUGUUGACGGAACUAUUCGUUGAUUGGAUAAAGCACGCGUUUAUCACGCGUUUUAACGAAAUCCCAGUGGACGUUUAUCGGGAAUAUACGACAAGUUUAGCUUACGACAUGACGCAAACUCGCCAGAAGCAUGCCUUUUCCGAUCAUUCGGAUUUAGUAGCAAGACGAAUGGGCUUCAUCCCUUUUCCACUGGGUGUGAUUCUUGUGAAAGCUCUUUACCACGCUCUCUCCUUUGACAAUGCAGCAUCCAUCGCACUGUUCAUCAUUGCCUACAUGGUUCUCCUGUCGUGCCGGGUUUUAAAUACAGUGUGCACUCUCGGAAAAGCAUGUGACCUGAUGCAAAAGCACCAGGAUGAGAAAAAUCAAAGUUCUCAGCAUAGCAACGGUCCUGCAACGUCGACACCAGUACAGCAAGCCCGCAGUGCCAGCAAAUUAACCACCGACAUCGCAACGUCUCCAAUUCACCACCCGAAUAGCAUUCUCCAGCGGUCCCAAACGAUGGAAUCAGUUCCGCACAUUAUUCCGCAAAUCAAUGUUUCCGAACAGCAAGCGGACAGUGUUAUUCGGGAAACUUCCUCUCUGGGAGCUACGGCGCUUUUCUCCAACAGUGACGUCGAUCUGGAUGACGUCAAACUCAAUGAUAAAGUGCUCAACCAGACUCCUGAGCCGGAGGACCAAUCGCGCAAGGAGGAUGAUAAUCUUGCCCGGAGCGUACCGGAUUUGCAACAGGAGUCGACUGCGGCCGGUUGCAGUCCAUCGGGAGACGGUUCUUCGGGAGAAGGCGAUAGUUUUUCGUCGUUCCAGGGGAUGCACCACCGGACGCACAAACGAUCCGAGUCGGAACCCUCGAUUCAGUUGGAUCCCGAACGGGUAGGAACCUGAGAGCGGUAGAAUUACCGCUACUAUCGAGAGCGAUGUUUACGUGUGUUAAAUUUAAUAGUCACAAUCGUUUGAUGGCACCAAAGGCUGACUUAGAAGAAGAGCUUUACAUUAUUUUGCUGGAAAUUAAAUAGGAUACAGGAAGUAAUAUUGCGCUAGCGGGGAUUAUGCCCUGUCUUGUGGAAUAGAUAUUUUCAUUCGAUGCGAUUAGGGUAAGCAGUGGUUUUUAUCUUGUUUUUGUUAGCUUUGUACUUGUACAUAAUAUAUUCGAAAUAUUCCCACGAGGAAUGUCUGUAUA